AUGCCGGAGAACAUCAAGGCGUCAAGCCUCCACCCCUCACCAACAUCCGCAUCCUUCAUCCGCCCCACCCGCACCCCCGACCCCACCCUCUCCUUCACACAAGCCCUAAAGUCAAAAUACGCCUCCGACCCGCCGUCCAACUCCGACGCUUUCACCGACCCCGACGUCCAGAUCGUUUUCAACCACCAACCUUCCCUCAAAUCCGCCCCCAUCAAAUUCAGUGGUAAAGUCGCGGAGGAAAUCGGCUUCGACAAGAUCCGCGCCCAGCUCGCGCAGCUAUCUGAACUGCGCAUUGUGAUUCUCGAUGGGCUGGGCAUGUGUAGGCCGGAGGUUAGAGGGAGGGGGUGGGUUGAGGGGAGAGGCAAGGGGGAUGUGGGCGGCCAGUGUCCGAAGGCUGUCGAGUUGGAUUUGAGUAGGAAUUGUUUUGAGGAGUGGAAGGAGGUGGCGAGUAUUUGUGAGGAGUUGGAGAGGGUGAGGAAUUUGAGAGUCGAUGGAAAUCGAUUUCGAGACACGUCCGUCACGCAAGAAGAGAGGGAGAUGUACCUGAAGGCGUUCGCGAACAUCAACACUUUGAGACUAGAGGAGAAUCUCCUGCCAUGGGAGGAUGUGGCGAGGAUAACGCACCUCUUCCCAACGCUAUCAGUCUUUGGCGCAUCGAGUAACCUCUACACCAAUCUCUCGGCACAUACGCUCAACCCAACGGUCACCGAUCUGACGCUCGAGGAUAACUUGAUCCAUUCCCUAUCCGCCAUAUCCUCACUGACUUCCCUUCCGAAUCUUAAACGCCUGAUCCUCAAGUCCAACAAGAUAUCCGACGUUGGAAGUCCAAUGCCCACCUUCCCACCAAGUGUCGCAGAAGUCGAUCUCUCUUUCAACGAAAUCUCCACGUGGAACUUCAUCGAGAUGCUCGCACAUGUCUUCCCCGGCCUCACCAGUCUCCGCGUCUCGCGCAAUCCUCUCUAUGAGAAUCUAAAAGCUCCCGAUGGUCGCGCCUUGACUGCAGACGACGGGUACAUGCUCACCCUAGCACGACUUGGAAACCUCAAGACGCUAAAUCACAGCCCGAUCAACCCCAAAGAGCGCCUGAACGCCGAGAGCUACUACCUCUCUAUGAUUGCCAAGGAAGUGCAAUUUGCGCCCGACGGCAUGAGAGAGGCGAUCUUGAAAACCCAUCCGCGAUACGCGUGGUUGUGCGAGGAGUACGGCGAGCCGGAUGUGCAGAGCAAGAAGGAUGCUGUGAAUCCAAAUUCUCUGGCGGCGAGACUGCUGAAGAUACAUUUCUACCUAGCUUCAGAUAAGAGCAGGAAGUAUGACGCGGAGAUUCCCAUGAACUGCACGGCGUAUACGGUGCUGGGGAUGGUGGGGAAGCAUUUCGACAUCAUGCCGUAUGAUUGCAAGCUGGUGUGGGAGACGGGCGACUGGAUGCUUGCGAAGAGUAACGUGGCGGCGUACGAGGACAACGAUUGGGAUUCAGACGACAGCGAGGACGAGGACAAAGCGGAGAGGGUGAUGAGGGAGGUAGAAAUCGUGCCUGGGACGCGAUCAAUAGCGACGUGGAUCGAUGGGUCCGAAGCAACUGUAAGAGUGGAGUUUGAGCGGUGGAUAUAG